UUCUACUCUGACAUCGUAGUUCAUACGUGUCCUCCUAUCAAGAAUGGCUCGCAUCCUGCUCCUAUUGACGGCGACUUUGUUUGCCUGCACCUUUGGUCUUUCGGUCGAAGGGUUGCACCCUUCUCGUCCGUGGUGGAAUGUUCGCCGCUCUAGUGGUCGCGUAGUUGGUGGAUAUGAAGUUGCCGUUGAGGAUGUCCCCUUCCAAGUGUCUUUGAGCGACGUGGGGUCCAGCCAUUUCUGCGGAGGAUCGUUGCUUUCGGAUCGCUGGGUUCUGACGGCAGGUCAUUGUGCUUCCAGUUAUCAACAUAACCUACAGGUGCGCGUCGGUUCCAGUCGACAUGCUUCUGGAGGUCAGCUCUACAAGGUACGAACCGUUUAUCGUCAUCCACAAUACAGUGCUGCUACUACUGACUACGAUUUUUCGCUGCUGGAACUGGAAGAGACCGUAACAUUCUCCGAAAGCUGUAGUCCGGUGGAUUUGCCACAAAAAGACGAUCCGGUUAACGCAGGCACUUGUCUGCAGGUUUCCGGCUGGGGUAAUACCCAAAACCCUGCCGAGUCGAGCGCAGUGCUUCGGGCUGCCAACGUUCCGGCCGUGUCGCAAGAAGAAUGCAGUCAGGCAUAUGCCAUGUACGGAGGUGUCACCGAUCGUAUGGUUUGUGCUGGUUAUAAGCAGGGCGGUAAGGACGCUUGUCAAGGUGACUCCGGUGGUCCACUGGUAGAGGGCAAUACCCUGGUCGGUGUGGUAUCCUGGGGAGUUGGCUGCGCUGAGCCCGGAUAUCCUGGAGUAUAUUCUCGAGUUGCCGCUGUUCGAGACUGGGUGAAGGAGGUCAGCGGACUGAUCAACACAAUGGCUCAUAUUCACCUGCUGUUAGCUACAACUGUUUUCGUCGCGGUAUCUGGUCUCACGACCGAAUUCAAUCCGCUUCGUCCCUGGUGGAACACUCCCAGUCCCAGCUCCGGGGCUCGCGUGGUGGGUGGCUACGAGGUCGACGUCAAAGAUGUUCCUUUCCAGGUAUCUUUGGGAAAUGGCUUCGGUCACUUUUGCGGUGGAUCUCUUCUGUCAGAGCGAUGGGUACUAACCGCUGGUCAUUGUGCCGACAAUCGGGACCAAGGCCUUCGGGUCCGCGUUGGUACGAGUCGGCAUGCCUCCGGUGGACAGUUGUACACAGUGAAGACGGUUCAUCAACAUCCGCAGUACAACGAGGCUACUAUCGAUUACGAUUUUUCUUUGCUGGAGCUAGACGAAACAGUUACUUUUGGGGAGAACUGUCAACCCGUUGAUCUGCCGAAAAAGGACCAACCGGUCGCAGAUGGUGCCUGCCUGCAAGUUUCGGGAUGGGGUAAUACUCAGAAUCCGUCGGAAUCCCGUGAUGUGCUUCGGGCUGCCAACGUUCCGGCGGUGUCGAAUAAGGAAUGCAGCCGUGCUUACUCAGCGUUUAACGAUAUUACUGAUCGGAUGCUUUGUGCUGGUUUCAAGAAUGGCGGUAAGGAUGCCUGUCAGGGUGAUUCUGGUGGUCCUUUGGUUGAAGGUAACACACUGGUCGGUGUGGUUUCGUGGGGAGUUGGCUGUGCCGAAGCCGGAUAUCCAGGAGUGUACUCUCGUGUGGCUGCUGUUCGCGAUUGGGUCAAAAAAGUCAGUGGAGUUUAGAAAACAUGCGAAAUAUUAUUGGACUUUUCAUGAGUUUUGGACUAAUUUCUUUAAUUAAGUUUUGAAAAAUAUUUGUCGAAAAUCUAAAUAAAUAAUCAAAAUAAAUUUA